AUGCGAACCCUGUCCAACGGGUUGAUCGUCUCCUUGGCAACUGCAGACUUCCUCGUUGCCCUAGCUGUCAUGCCCAUUAGCUUGCAUCGAGAGCUUACCGGAGGUUUGUGGACACUGGGGUGGGGUGUUUGUGAGUUUUGGCUGACAGCCGAUGUGUUGUGCUGCAGUGCUUCUAUAUUGAACAUAGCCGCUAUAGCUCUAGAUCGAUAUUGGCUCAUCACCAGGAACGUCAAAUACACGCAUUCAGAUCGUUGGCCUCGCAAACGCAUCUGCAUCCUGCUCAUCACAUCCGCCUGGUCAUCCGCCCUCCUCAUCUCAUGCUCCCCCCUUCUCGGCUGGAGGUCCGGCACGGAGCGGGACGAUCCCACCCAAUGUCUGCUCAGUCAGGAUUACGCCUACACACUUUUCUCUACGGUCGGGGCUUUCUGGCUGCCCCUGUUUGUCAUUCUGGCAGUGUACUUUAGAGUUUUUAGAGUCGCCAGGAAGAGAGCAGUUCGUAGGAGAGUGAAACAGCCGCGAGUUUUAAGAUCUUCAAUACUGAACGUGACGAGAAUGAGCGUUCGAAACAGCACAGGCAACUGCAUGCUGACUGAAGCCAGGAGUAGUUUCCUACUCAGCGAGAAUGGACUGGCGAAUACUUUUCGCAAAAUCAGCACAACGGCUGCAGCUACCACCAGCGAUUUGAUUCGAAUUCGGCAGUCGAGACGAAUGCGGAAAUCGGCGCGCACUCUUGGGUUAAUAAUCGGGGGCUUUUUGAUUUGCUGGUUGCCAUUUUUCGUCCUGGCAACUAUCACCCCAUUCUGCCCUGAUAUCUGUAGAGUGCCACAGGUUGUGUCCAGUUUGGCAUUGUGGCUCGGCUACUUCAACUCCAUGAUGAACCCCAUCAUCUACGCCAUCUGGGAUGAUAACUUUAGAAGGGCUUUCAAGAGACUUACAUUUUGCAACUUUCGGCAAUGAGAAGAGUGUGUGAAUGUGUUUGUUUGUAUGUGUGUUUGGUUAGUUGUGUCAUAUUUUCACUUAGACACAACAAUACAACUGUAUGGUUGUGUCAAUGUAAAGAUACGACGUCAUUUUCAGUCUAAAAAUGUUCCUAACCAAUUACGAGAGACGAAUUUUAUAUUUUUUUCUAUUUUUGGAAACUCGGUCGUAAAUACAAUUUAUUUUAUCAAUCAGAUGAAUCUUUUUUUUCUUUUUAUAUUUUUUUAAUCAUUUUUAAAAUCCUCAAACAAACUGAUAACUAAAUAAAGAAAAUAAAUAAAUAAAUGAACCAAUAUACUUUAAGCCUCAUGGUACUUGAUUUUAAAAGCUAGCAACGACCAGAACCUGUACAGUAUAUAUAUAUGUGUAAAACAUUUGUCGUCACAAAUUUUUAGAGCAAUUAAUACAAUAAGAUCAAUGAUAACAUUACAGACAUUAAAACGCAUUAUUGUUAUAGAAGCUACAAUAACAUUAAUAAUAAUAAUUAUAAUAAUAAUAUUAUUAUUAAUGUUAAUAAUAAUAAUAACAAUAACGACAUUAAAUUUUUGGGUGUAUUGCAGUAAAAUAAUGUAACGUAAGACUUAUUGAAAUCUUAUUAACAAAUAGAAACAACUCGUACAUUCUGUUUCUCUUUAGGGUAAAGUUUUUUCAUUUUAAAAUACAUAUGUGUAUAUAUAAUGUGUGUGUGUGUGCGUGUGUGUGUGUGCGUAUGUGUGUAGAACAUAAUUAUGUUAGUCUGCAUUAGCAAGUUCAUCAACAAUAUUGAAAUAUAAUCUAAAUGAAAUAUAUAUAUUUUCAAAUUCAUUUAUUUGUAUAUAUAUAAUAUAUAUAUAUUAUUCACAUUAACACUCACACAUAUAUACAAACACUCACACACACAUACAUACAUACACAUACACACACACACACAUGUAUAUAUGCGUAAAACUUAAUAUUGUUUAUUUUAUUUUCAAUCCAACUAAAUAUAUUUUUAGAAAAUCAAUUAAACGGUAAAAAACUCCUCGUAGAGAUGUGUUAAAUUGUUGCAAGGAAGCGAUGCCACGCGAAUUUUUACUUUAUACCGAUUUAGUAUCCGACUCGACAAGCACGUAUCGAUAUAAUCACCGACAAAGAAAGUCGGUUUUAGAGGAACGUUUACCGGUAUACCCAUGAAGAGACCAGCUUGUAAAAGAAAUAUUUUGUUAGCGGGCCAUUUUAGCGCCUCUAAAUCUUGUUUCAUUGUGACCAGUUUUUCGUCUACGUCAUAAAAAAAGAUGUUUAUAAAUGGAAAAGACCAUUUCCAGUUUUUGAUCCGCUGAUUUAGUCCGUUGCAAAGUAUCCACCUGCCAAAAUAUUUAACUAACGACGGUUCGAUUGUGAUGUUCAUCCCAUUUAAAUUUACCUGAAUUUCGAAACUUUUCUUGAAUUUAAAAUAAUAAAAAACCGAUUCAAAUUUUUUCAUUCCUUUGAUAUCAAUGGCAACAUCUACGUCAUCGUCCCACGGAAUCAUGUGACUUCUGUGUCUGACGAAUCCCAACAAACUAUCCUGAAUUAGGAAAUAGUCGAUUCCGGCUUUGGCGGUCAUGCUGUUGAAAAAUUUGAGUAACUCCCGCAGUGUUUCAAACUCAGGAAUUGUUAAUUUUGGCAGGAAGGGUGUCUGAUUGAUGGAG